AUGGAGCGCCUCACUUGUAAAUGCGCCCAAUGCAAAGCCAACCUUGGCCAGUUUAUAAACCUCUGGACCAAAGUCGGCAAGAGCUAUUACAGCCCCAUCAUUGACGCGGCCGAAACCCGGGGGAUAAGCGCCAAGGGUCAAACUAGGAGCGGGGAGCAGAAUACCCUUGUGGAAGGGUGCCACCAGUCAACCAUGUAUUUGAAGAUCACUCUCACCACAAGCCACGGCAAAAAGGUAGAGCCCGUUAUCAAACGGACCUUGAAACUUAAAGGUGUGGGAUCAAGUCAUGACAGAGACUCCUCCAGCUCAGUUCCUCCACCACCUUUCAACUCAGGUUUUACACCGUCGGGCCAUCAGCAAUUCGAUGCUGUGGACCUAACCAAUCUGCAAACCCUCGUGGACAUCCAGCGGGCAGAUAUUAACCGCAUCGACGCCGCCGGCUGCCAGAUUGUCUCUGCCUUUGAUAGCUCCGUGGACCGUAUCGAGCGCGAGGUUAAGAAGCUGCACGACACCAUGCUUCAUCUGCGUCGCGACCUCGAUGGGAACCGCGAGGAUAUCUCAUCACUCAAAAACGACAUUGACGAAAUGAAAAGGGAUAUCCGUUCAACGAGCGCGGAGACCAUGCGCCUAACGGCUACGGUGCAAGAGCUCCGGCAGUCCGUCCCUAGCAAAGAGACGGUCGCCCGGCUUGAGGAUCAGCUGCAUGCAGCGACGGCAACAAUCGCAGAUUUGAGCCAGUCAUCCUUAGAUCGAGCUGCUGAGACUGCCAAUCUCCGGCGGGAACUUAGUCUGGCAAAGACUGAGCUGCACCGUAUGCGCGACGGUGAGAAGGGCCUAAAAAAGGCGAUUGAGGAUGUCAAGAAGGCGUCCAGAGAUAGUCUGGCCCUCACAAAUGGCAACUUUGCCAGAGAAAUGGCAGAUCUCCACUCGGAGGUGCGCCUACUGCGCCAGGAAGUCAACCAACGUCCUCCGCCCCAACAGAGCUCGCCGCAGAAUAAUUUCUCGGCAAAGGAGCUCGACAUCCUUACGAGCAACAUUGCCAAGAUCGGCAACCGUGCCAGCCAGAUCGAGACACUCCAGAUGGAGUUUCAACUUUUCAAGUCGAGAUUGCAGCGGGUUGAGGCUUCCAUCAAGGCCAAGGCUGCGCCGCCCGAGUCUCGCCGUACAUCGACUAAUCUUAGCGCCCUAUCCAUCUUCCCGGACGACGGCGACGAGGACGGCUCCAUCGGCUCCCUUCAAAACGUAUCAACACCCUCUUCACCUGUCCCGACGAGGCGUAAACGCAAUGUGACGGCCCGGGAGCAACUCGGUGACCACGAUACGACUCCGAGUAAGCGCCCGGCAUUCUCAUCGGACUUUUCGAACGUUGACGCCCCAGACUAUUCCGCUCUUACGGAAUGGCCAACGACGUCUCCGUUGGAGAAUGGAGGUCCUAGCGGCGCAGCGAAGAACGGGAAUAGGACGCGGCCGCAAACGAGAUCGAGGGGUCGGCCGAGGAAGCCAUUGGCCAGCAGCUAA